AUCGGCGGCUGUAGCGCUCAUUUCCUGCAUAUAUAACCUCCAGCUCCAGCUCGACAGCAUACAGCAUACAGCAAGCAAGCAGGAUGCCCUUCACAUCGAGCAAAGUGCGCCGGGUACCUCACCCAAACCCCGCUUCACCAGCCAGGCAGCUCACCCUCACCUUCCUCCGGUCUUCCGUACCCAUCCCUCUCUCCCUCUCGCUCGAACACGUGCUCAGUGACUCGCUCUGUCACCCGCUCUCUCUCUCGGACUUCAACGCAUUCCUCGCGAGGGAGGAGAGGGCACAGGAGAACUUGGCGUUCGUUCUGUGGUUCAGGGAGUACGAGCGGAGGUUCCUCGAUUUGCCCGAAGAGUGGAGAGGGAAGGCGGAGAUGAUCGAGCCUAGCGAAGAGUGGGAGAGGCACAUGAGGCGCAAAGCUGAGGACAGGCGGGAGAAAGAGAGCGAGAGGAGCCUCUCUGUCUCUGUGUAUGCUCCUACGCCUCUUCCGGAAGGGGAAGCGCCAUGGGAGGAGAUUGACCUCGGAGCUUUGGAGGCGGGGAGAGAGGAGGUCGUCUUCCUCGGUGAGAGGGCGAUGGAUAAUAUGCCCGAUGCGGAGACGCUCGCUAUUGCGCCUUGGAUUGCUGAGGAGGGGGAGGAGAAGGAUAGGCAGAGGAUGAGGGAGAUCAUCCAGGGUGCGGAGGAGGAGCUCGAGAAGACUGUUCAGCUGUUGCUGAGGGACGAUCUCCCCCUGCGGGAAGAGAUCGUCCGCGUCGUACUCCAUUUCCUGACACUCUCCUCCCCUCACGCCCUCUCCUCCGCGCAUAUCCCCGCCCUACUCCUCACGCUCCGGCGUACGACCCACCCCCACUCCUUCCGGCAGCUGUAUGCCGAACUGCUCUCCUACCUCCAGCUGGACGCUCACCCGCGGUUCAUCCGCGCUGCUCUGGUAAACACCCGCGCGCCCUUCAGAGCAGCAAUGUGGUGUAUCGCUCUGGGCCUGUACCUCGGAGGCGGGCUCGCCAUCGGCCUCGCACUCGUCUUCUGCCAGCAAGGGGAGCUAAACAGAGCUUGGAGACUGACGAGUCUGCCCCUGGUCUGGGCAGGCAUCUCCAGCUCCCUCUGUCUCUGGAACGGGAUUUGUCCACUUGCAUUCAGCACCCGGAGUCGCCAGCUCGCGUUAUGGGAACCGAUGCCGAUGCCUGCUGACUCUGGGCAUCGCCGUACUCGUGGUCGUCCUCAUCCGGGGUUUAUGGAGUUUGUCAGGGAUGACUGGUGGGCUGGACAUCCGGAGGCGAGGGAGAUGCAGUGGGCUGUUAUGAUCGCUGCGGGAAGGUGGGGUGUGCUGGGUAUGCUGAUAUGGGCGGGGGUGGUGCUUGCGCUUCCUACGGGUAGAUAACUCCCAGUGACGGUGAUUAGAUACUGUUUGUGUGUAGCAUAUACCCCAUGUCUAGAAAGAAACUUGUGAACGCC